AUAGCGCUAGCAUAGUUUGCAGACGAUAAAUUGCGAAUCUCUUUCCGCUUUUCAAACUCACGAUCAAAUUCAAUUUUCCGUUGUUCCGAAGAAGGCAGCUUUAUAUUUACUUGUUCGUUCUGAAAGAAAGCCUCAUUCUCCGCUUGAUGAUGCUCUUUCAAAUUCCUAUGCACGCGACUCUGACAUUAUUGUCAAGUCAAGAACAAACCGUUCCGCGGUUAAUUUCGUUUAUGUCAUGUGAAUCAUUCGUGUUCCCUACAUUUUUGAAAUUAAAAAUAAUUUAAAAAAGAUUCCAAAAAAAUUUACAAUCAUAUUCAAUUAUGGUCUCUGUUUCAGCGUACCUUCGUCAUGGGCAUUAUAACGUGAUAUUGAUAAACUGGGCGAAAUUGGCGGUAUUACCGUGGUACAUAACGGCAGUAAAAAAUACCAGAAUCAUCGGCCGUUACUUAGCUCACGUGAUGAGAUGGCUCGAGGCGCAGAAAGCCGUUUCCUUAUCAAAAAUUCAUGUGAUCGGCUUCAGCUUGGGAGCGGAGGCUGCCGGUUUUAUGGGGAAGGCCCUGGCGCCACGGAAGAUAGGCAGAAUCACCGGAUUGGACCCGGCUUAUCCGUUGUACAUGGACACCGGGGAGGAGGGUCACUUGACGUGGGCCGACGCCGCGUUCGUCGACGUCAUUCACACUGACGGUGGUAAUUUCGGAUUCCCUCAACCGCUCGGCCACGUCGAUUUUUACCCCAACGGCGGCAGCAGACGACAGCCUGGCUGCGAUUUAAAGAACCUCCUUCGCAUGAGCUUCCGGAAAAUCAUAAAUCAAUACAUCACCUGCGGACACAAUCGAGCCUGGCGUUACUACGCGGAAUCAAUCGACAACCCCUACGGAUUUCCCGCGAGUCGAUGCCCAAGGUGGCGACCGGGGAUUUUUGCGAACUGCUUGUGGAAACCCGAGGCUCACAUGGGCUUCGCGAUCGACCCCAAGUGUCGGGGAAAGUUUUAUUUGAGCACAAACGCGCACGCACCGUACGCCAAGAAUUUGACAGCCUAUAGAUUUGGCAAAUGACGACCAACGUGCGAUGAUCCUGGAUUUGGAUGAACCAAGUUACUCGUUAGGAGGCGAGACGAUUCUUCCGCCAAGAAAUUUUCGUCUUGGGAAAAGUUUGAGAAGGAGGAUAUUAAGAGGAUCUUGGGAUAACGUUUUAGAAAUAACGUGUUUUGCGGUAAAAAUGUUUGUAUUUCCACCGUUUUCAUUGUAAACAAUGAAUCCACGAGUCAAUUAAUUUUGCUCCCUUCUUCGAGGGAUCGCCAAAGUUGAUGAAAGUUUCCUCCCUUCUCUAGAAAAUAAACAAUGUUUGCGAUGGAACGCGACGAUAGUAACCGACAUCGAAAAGCUCGAAUCGAAUUGCGACAAGUCGAAGAGGAACUCGUGCCAGUCGCUUUUAAUGUCAGCCACUGCGAUCUCAUACCAGAUAUAAGAGUACAUUGUUUACGACGUUUACCGUUCCAACUCUACCCUUAAUUGUCAACGAUAUACGAAUAAUAGUUGCACGACACGACUAUAAAGUUACAUAACACGUAACAGGAAAAGUACGUGACUAAAACUCUGUAAGCGAUAUGUGACUUUGCAUGAGUUUGAGAAGACUUUUACGUGAAAAAUGGUAUGUUGAUAACAAGCUCAGAUUAUAAAAACAUGCAGAAUUUAACUGGUAUCAUUAAUCUUGUGUCUUUUUUUAACACGGCUUUUACGGUAAAAAGUUAAACAAAACUCUCUCUAAUACAUCAUGAAAAUGAUUUGUCAAUCGAUUAAUCGAUUAGACGUGUUAAUCGACUAAAUAGAUUUGUCAAUGUUUCAUAUUGCUUCACGUCUUUUAAGAACGACAUGGAUUUUCCGUGAUAGAGAAAUAAAAUCAUAAAAUAUGUAAAGUAGAACGUCGAAAUAAGAAAGCUAAUAAUCAGAGAACCCGCGAGUUUCGUGCUAUUUCCGAUGCACCCCACCUUCGGGAUAUGUAAAUUUCAAGGCUGAGGUACUUUAUUAUUUUCCAUUUUGGAGAAUCGAUAGAUCAAUCUCUGGUACCACGUGCUUUCAUAUUAAAAAUUACAAAUGACAGCUUGGAGGAAUACAAACGAGAGCAACUACGCGUGUUGAAAAUAUUAAAGAAGAUCAGCCAGAGAUCAUCUACAUCUUCGCUGCUGCUCUUAUUCUGUCAUUCUACGAAAUACGAGAUGUUCUUCUCCUCAUCAAAUAUCGUUUAUGAUUAAAUUAGUCUACCAUAAGUUUGUCUCAAGAAUUUUCUCUUCGUCUCUUAGAGACGAACGCAGCUCGGUCGUCCUUUUCCGGAAGUUCGGCUUCGCGAA